AGUGUCACCCUGGCCCCACCCCUAGAUUCACCCCUGGUGGUAAAAAGCUCAGUUUCAACAACAACAACAUUGUUUAUUGUCAUAGCAUAUUUAUUAUACUACAGUAUUCAGGUGAAGUCAAAGGCAAAGAGAUGUUUAAAUCUUCAGCAUCAACCAGCAAAUUCAUCCAUUCAUGAGAUAUUAUUUUACAAUAAUGACAAAGACUCUUCAUUUGUUUAAUAAAAAUGCCUUCUUUUUUUUUUUUUUAUUAACUGUUGCCUAUUAAUCGCCAUCAAAUCCCCGCUGACGUGUGAAUCCCUCCCCGCUUGGCACAGUCCUGGCGCAUGACGGAACACUGGGUCUGAGCGGAGGCUCCAGUGCUCGGGCGGCAGCAGCGGAGCUCUGUGGCCGCUCUCCUCACUCCGCGAUUGGACGGAGCGAGUCACGUUAUCCGUGGAGCUGUCAGUGUGCUGCUGCACCAUUGUUCCCCCUCCCCAGCAGCCGGAAGAGUUGCCUGUGAAAGGGACUGCGAUGUGCGUCAGUUGUGCCGGUUGGCCCCAGGACCCAGUUCACGCUCCACUGGAACCCGGUACCGGGCUUUAAAUGGUCUCACACACACGCUGGUUGGAGGAUUUCCGCAGGAGAGGAAGACGGUGACAUGGUUCAGAGAAGGAGGCUGUGAGGUCCAUUGAAAGAGAGAGAGAGAGGCGUCAGUGACUGGAUGAGAGUAACAGAAAUGAAUGAACGGACGUGGGUCCCUGCAGCAUAAAUAUAUUUAACUGAAGGUGCAGAUGCGGCCGGCCAUGAGCGGAAUACUGAAGAGGAAAUUUGAGGAGGUGGAAGCCACCUCCUCCCCGUGCUCUUCCCUGCGGGAGUCUGAUGAUGAGGUCUCCUGCAGCGAGAGUGGGGAUAGCAGUGACAGUGUCAACCCCUCAGCCUCAGGCCCUUUCACCCCUGAUUCAAUAUUGAAGCGAGAGAAGCGUCUGCGCACACGGAGGGUGCAUUUCGAGAAUGUGACGGUUUACUACUUCAGCCGGCGGCAGGGCUUCACCAGCGUGCCCAGCCAGGGCGGCAGCACACUGGGCAUGUCCAACAGACACAGCUGGAUCAGGCAGUACUCACUGGGUGAGUUUGCCCUGGAACAGGAGAGGAUCCAUAGAGAUAUGCUCCGAGACCACCUGAAGGAGGAGAAACUCAACUCAAUCAAACUCAAGCUGACUAAGAACGGCACGGUGGAGUCGGAGGAGGCCAACACGCUCACGGCAGAGGACAUCUCCGACGACGAUAUUGACCUGGACAACACAGAGGUAGACGAGUACUUCUUCCUGCAGCCGCUUACCACUAAAAAGCGCCGGGCUCUGCUGCGUAUCUCCGGGGUAAAGAAGAUUGAUGUGGAGGAGAAACAUGAACUGCGGACCAUCCGGAUGUCCAGGGAGGACUGUGGCUGUGAUUGCAGAGUCUUCUGUGACCCCGAGACAUGUGCCUGCAGCAUCGCGGGGAUCAAGUGCCAGGUGGACCGCAUGUCAUUUCCAUGUGGUUGCACAAAAGAGGGCUGCAGCAAUUCGACCGGCCGAGUGGAGUUUAAUCCCAUCCGUGUUCGGACCCAUUUCUUGCACACUAUAAUGAAGCUUGAACUGGAGAAGAGUCGCGAGCAGCAGCAGGCGGCCCCAGCCAAUGGUUACCGCGGCGAAACCAACGACCUGGCAAGCGGGAAUCCUCUGGUGCAGUCCCAGCACAGGUUGGAAUACUCGCUGUCCGACACCGGGCCACAGACGGCUGGCGUCCACCUGCAGAACAUGGACGAGAUGGAGGAGCCGCUGGACGACGAGGAAGAGGACGAAGAAGACGAGGAGGAGGAGGAAGAGGAGAAUGAAGACGACGAGGAUAGUAGCAGCGUUUGCAGCGGACUCUCUGACUCCAGCACACAGAGCUUAGCGAACAGCGACUCUGAGGAGGAGGAGGAUGAAGACGAUGAGGAGAAGUCUGAAAACUUUGGGGACGACUUGACGGCCCCGCCGGUGUUGCACACUGAUGUGGUCCCCUUGUCCGCUGUGCUGUGUUACAGUGACAGCUCUGUGUCACAUGACAACCACAUGAAUGGAAACACUUAUUUAAUGAACUCCCCCUCGACUGAGUACUAUCAGCUGGGGAGCUCCGGUAGCGUCUCCAGCGGCCAAACCAGCCAACCCAGUGAACCCUAUGGGGAAGCCUUAGCAUUCCAAGAUCCAGUCGGCAUGACCAACGGCAGCGCGGCACAAGGGCCGUUCAACGUGGCCGCCGGGCAGUACACGGACUACUCCAAUCAGGCUGCAGAACAAUACACAGCCAACCACCCCUUCACCCUGGCCAACGGGGCUCCGGCGGCGCCUCUGACAUGCUUCACGGCGGAUCCGGAGAAGAAGGUGCUGUCCAAGGCGGCGCUUGUGGAGCCGCCUGAAAACCAGAACCAGACGCAGUUCCAGAACUACCUGAACAAUAACUCCCAGAGCUCCUACAGCUCGUGUAUGACAGCUGAGCCGCCACAGCAAGACUCUGGCGUUAAUAGACAAUCCGACCUGACCUUACUAGCGAACAGUACUAAGAACCUCCCUUUACCAGACCAUUGCCCCGAGGUCACAGCCAUUUAGUGAGCCACAUGUUCUUAAGUGUUCUUUUCACCGUCGCGUCUUCACUGGAGCCUGACCCAGUGGUGUUUUAAAGGGAACAUAAUCAUGGCCUUUUUUUCUUUAAAUGAUCUGACCUUGCAUUUCAAAGCAAUUCACAUUUCAUCUGUAUCUAUAAAGCCAUAGGCUGAUGGACACUGAAGGUUUCUGCACUGCAGCGAGGAGAGGAAAAAAAAAAAAUCAAAUCAAAAUAUCAGUUAUGUCAUGCUGUGCAAUGUAUCUUGUAAUUUCAGAUGUAAAGUUCUAGUUUAAAGCAGAUAUCGUUCUGUAAAUGUUACUUUUCUAUGUCUACUGUUUGUGUCAGAUGUGCAAAAAAAAAAAAGGUUUAUUGUCAGUUUAUUUAUUGUUUUUCUGAAUUAUGUGCAUACUUAUAUAUUGUAAAUGUUUUGAUAACGACGUGCAUGCUGUUUUAGGCGAAUCUCUGUGACAUUUGGGCAGAAAAAAACAACUGCUAUUGUUUUAUAUAUAUAUAAAAAAAACGUGUUGAAUACAUAAUGUACAUUUCUCUUUUUCUUUUUGUCACUAUUAUUAUAUGCUUUUCUAUAUGGUUUGGAAAAGCAUGAACAAUAGCCUGAUCUCUUAUUUGUAUGUUGUAUUGUAUGGAAUACAAUAUCAAUAGCAUAAAAUGUCGUCCCACAUGCGAGAAUCAAUUCACAGCCUUUUGCACUUAACUGGUGGGGGUCCCGGUGGCAUGCGGCUGGUUUUAACUGAUGAAUACUUGAACGGUGUAAAACUUACAGCCCCUCACGUCUCCUUCCCCCCGUUCACUGCAAGUGUCGCUGCAAAUGAAGAUUUAUCCUCUGAAGCAUUUCAUUAACAGAAGGAUAUUAAUAAAGUAGCACUUUGACAUAUCUCUGAAAAGUACAAGAAGCUCUAUGACUCAUCAUAGACAAUAGAACUAUCUUCAUCAUUUAAUUAGCGUAACAGGCUUGAUUUGAGAAAAGUGUUAAUCGCUGCAUAAGCUACAUUAUGCGGUCUAAGAACUAAGAUGUUUAUUUAUGUGGAUCCAAUAAUGAUAAUGAUUUGUUCCAGUGAAACGUUAAGUGCAAUAGUUGAAGGGGUUUUCUCAUUAAGAGGAACUGAGAUUGAUUUUAAUUAACAGUCUUUUUCACUUGCAUUGGUUUUAUAAAAGAAUCAAGAAGCCACAGUUUUAAUAAUUGUAUACGGGGGGAAACAAAUGUUCAAGGUUGACAAUCAAAGCUUAUUAUCAGACGUGAUUCACUUCAGUAUUCACCAGAUGACUCCUGAGUCCUAUGAGCCAUUGAAAACCACAGCCAGAUGACGAGAAGUCUUCACCAAAAAUCUGUAAAUAGCCUUUUACCACAUCUUCGUAAAAAUAACUGACGAGAAAAGGGAAAUUGAAAGUUACUGCUCAACAACCUGGAGACUGCAAUAAUUCAGUGAACAGUACUACAGUAAUAUGUCGCUGAGCUCUUUGCUCCUGCAUGAUCACAGGUAUUCGUCCCUCUUCCCAGCUUGCAAACAUCUGCCCACUGUUUAUAAUCUCGGGGGUUUAGCACCGACGCUCUGUUGAUCAUGCGUCAGUGGCAUCAGCACGGCCCGUCAGUACAGGCUCAUUGUGCCAACGCAUAAAGAGUGUGAAGGCUACAGACACGAUAAUGACACAGUGAAGAAUCCUGUGUUUCAUUUUAUUUUCCAGUAUUUAUUAUGAAUGAUAUAUUGAGAUGUUGUAUUUAUUGUGGUUUACUAAAAGUCUGUAUUGAGUAAAUUGCUUCACUAUCUUGGAAUAGUCUUUCUUUGUUUCAUGCUGGUUGUGAGUUGUACAGCUUUAUGUGCCUAAUUUAUUUACUGGGAUCUCAUAUUCCAUGAAAUGCACAUGUUUUGCACAAAGUUUUUUCCAAUGUGUUUGUUUUUUGUUCCCCCCCCAGGUGUAGAUAAGACAAGUUAAUUUUCAAUUGCUUCGUUUUUGACAUGAUUUUGGAAUAUGUUGAAUUAAAAUUGCUCUUUUGAUCUUA